AUGGAUAUGUCAGUGGCUGUUCCAAAGUGCAUUGGAGGUAAUGAAGCUGUAGUGAAUCUGCUUGUCGAUGUACUAUCAUAUUUUGAGAUCAUGAAGACACUAAUUGAAGAUUUACAAUAUGUUUCGGUGGAAAGGAUUUGGUACUUGACCCCGGGGGAAAGUAUGGCCACUGGAUUGCAUGAAAUACAUUCAUAG